ACAACACAGUGAUCUACAGUAUAUAAUAGUUCAUAUAUUCGCUUUUUCAAAUCUCACAAAACAAGUCAUGACGGGCUAUGGCCAGAAUGGCCAAAAUGGAACCCAUGGCUCCAAACCCCGCCCUCGCACUGGCAUUGCCUAUGAAGCCGAGGAAGUGGAAGUACCGCUGGACAAAAUCGCCACAAUGGCAAAUCCCAGCGACAACUGCGCAAUAGCCACUAGCUGUUUGCCGCAGGGCACUCGCUUCUCUUGGAAGGGUUCUGUCUACAGACUCUCCCACACUAUUCUGGAGGGCCAUCGUUUCGCAAUCGAGAGGAUUGCCAAAGGUGAGAACUUGAUGAGUUGGUCCCUGCCGUUUGGAUGUGCCUUGCGCCCUAUACAACAGGGCGAAUACUGCUGCAAUACGUUGAUGUUGAAGGCUUUGAAAGGGAGGAGAGAUGUCCAUUUCAAGCUGCCCGAAGAGCCAAACUUCAGCGACCCGGACACCUCAGCAUCGUGCCCCUAUCAGUUCGACGAAAGUGCAUUUGUUGCCGGAAAGCAGGCAGACUCAAUCGAUGGUGACCUACCUGGUACCUUUCAGGGUUUUGCCAGGACUGGAGGCCGUGGAGUAGGAACUCGAAACAAGGUCGUGCUGAUCGGACUGACUGUAUCUUCUGCCAGCUUCGUGCGGGCUUUGGAGGCAACUUUGCAAAGUUCCGGAAGUUCAGAUGAUAACAUUGAUGGAAUUGUUGCAGUGGCGCACAACGAGGGUGAAAGCAAAGUGCAGAACAACAAAGAGCUUCUGAUGAGGACCAUUGCAGGAUUCCUCGUGCACCCAAAUACUGGUUCUGCUUUGGUGGUGUCUACAGGUCAAGAGUGUCACAUAACGGUGGAAGACUUGAAGGCAUUUCUGUCAGACUACCCGACAGCACAUGUUGCGCAUCAAUUCCUGGAACUCAGUGGAAAUUGGCACGAUGAUCUUAAGCGAGCCGGAGAUGUGGUUCAGCAGGUUCUGCUUCCCAGAGCUGCAGAGUACAAGCGAACAGCGCAGCCAGUUUCAGCUCUCCGCAUCGCGCUGCAGUGUGGAGGCUCUGAUGCUUUCAGUGGAAUCACUGGAAACCCACUGGUGGGCGAAGUGUCAAAGCUGUUGCUCACCAGAGGCGGCCUUGCUCUACUCGCAGAAUCUCCAGAGCUGGUUGGUGCAGAACCAUAUGUUUUGGCAAACUGCCGCAGCCUGGAAAUAGCCCGAAAGUUUCUGAUGAUGACUGAACGCUACAAGCAGUAUGCGUCUCGACACGGUCAAGAUGCUGCAGGAAACCCUUCUGGAGGAAAUCUUUUCCGUGGAUUGUACAACAUUGUGAUCAAAAGCUUGGGCGCAUCCCACAAGAAGCCUCCUGACGUUUGCCUGGAUCAAUGCAUUGAAUACAGUGAGCGAGUGCGUGAGGAUGAGUCAGGCUACUACUUCAUGGAUUCACCUGGAAAUGACCUGGAGUCCAUCGCUGGACAAGUAGCAAGUGGCUGCAAUGUCAUUUUCUUUGUGACAGGGAACGGAGCAAUAACCAACUUUCCUUUUGUGCCUACUCUCAAAGUGGUGACGACAUCUGGGCGAUUCAACAUACUGCAGAAAGACAUGGACAUCAAUGCUGGUCUCCUUAACGAAGGGCUUGAUAUGCAAAGCCUGGCUGCCAAAGUAUUCAAAGAUAUGGUUGGAGUUGCGUCUGGUGAGAAGACCAAGGGCGAGCUGGCGAAGAUCAGCCAAGUCUCGAUUUGGCGAAAUUGGUUCCUGGAUGACUCGCAGCAGUUGAGCGACUUGCAGGCUGAGUUCAACUUUGAGCAGAAGGAUCUUCAUGGACCCGGUCUUAAGGUGAAGCAGGAGUGGCUUCCUUCCCUUGCAUGUGAAAACUUCGUGAAAGAUAUUCGAUAUGCAAAGGAUUCCAGCUCGCUGGAGUUUUUACCUCCGGUGAGCCUGAUUCUGCCCACAAGUCUGUGCUCAUCAGAGGUUGCGCGACUGGCGAGCUCAAGGCUCAACAGCGAGAUUAAACAUGCAGACGAUGCACAGCAGGCUCGCUUUGUGGCACUGCCACACUCUGAAGGAUGUGGAGGAGCUGGCGGCCAGCAAUUUGAGACGAUCUUUCAACGGGUGAUGCUGGGCCAUUUGCUCCAUCCCCAAGUGCAACAUGGCUUUUUGCUGGAACAUGGGUGCGAAAAGACUCACAACGACUGGUUUGCAGAGCGCUUGUCUUCGCAAGGAAUCUCCAUGGACUCCUUUGGGUGGGCAUCCGUGCAAGCAGACGGUGGAAUUGAGGCAGUCUACGACAUCAUCAAGAACUUCUUCAAGGAGCCUCAUCCUCGAAGAGCAUUGCCUACGCAGGCGUUGCGCCUAGCUUUGCUCGGUGGUGAGACAAGUCCCCAAGAAGCUGAGCUGCUUGCAACACUGGUGCGCUAUGUUGUCCUGAAAGGAGGCACAGUGGUACUUCCAUCAUCAUCUCCCUUGCUUGUAAAUCGCAGCUUCACUGCGGCCUGCCUUUUCGAGGAGUUGCCUGGGCACGUCUUGGCUCCGACUGUGGCCUACGCUCAGCUUCCUCCUUCAGGGCUACAUGUCAUGGAGGUCCCCUCCAUGGCGAACCAUGUCGAGAUCAUUUCUGGUAUUGCUCCAACAGUUCAUUGCUUCUUGGUUUGGAAUGGGAAGAAAUUGCGGCCAUUACAAGCUGCUCAUCCUUUUGUGCCCACUCUUCAUGUGGCUGCAAAGGACGGAACUCAACAUCCUGAAGUAGAUGCCACUGUAGAGCUUAUGGAUGUUGCUGGAGCUCUGCAAGAGAUUCUUGCCGCGAUUCAGGGAGCUGUACAUGGAGCACCGACAAAGGCCAGCCGUCUUGGUGCUACUGAUUUCUCGGCGGCUCUGCAACAAAGCCCACUUAUGUGGAACGCAACACUGAACCA